UUGGCAGUCGGAUUCAAUGAGAGUAACAGAGUAGAUGCAGCUCACAAACUGAAGGGGGAAGGAGAGAGGCGAGAAGCGAGACACAGCCAUAGUAGGUAAAACAAUGGAGCUCCGAGUAGGAAACAAAUACCGGUUGGGCAGGAAGAUUGGCAGUGGCUCUUUUGGGGACAUCUACCUAGGUGCAAACAUUGCCACUGGUGAGGAGGUCGCCAUUAAACUGGAAUGUGUGAAGACCAAGCACCCCCAGCUACACAUUGAGAGCAAAUUCUACAAAAUGAUGCAGGGUGGAGUGGGGAUCCCAUCCAUCAAGUGGUGCGGGGCGGAGGGAGACUACAACGUGAUGGUGAUGGAGUUGUUGGGCCCCAGCUUGGAAGAUCUCUUUAAUUUCUGCUCACGCAAAUUCAGCUUGAAGACUGUACUUCUCCUUGCAGAUCAAAUGAUCAGCCGUAUAGAGUUUAUUCAUUCUAAGAACUUCAUUCACCGAGACGUUAAGCCCGAUAAUUUUCUAAUGGGGCUUGGCAAGAAAGGUAACCUGGUUUACAUCAUAGAUUUUGGCCUUGCGAAGAAAUAUCGUGAUGCUCGGACGCACCAACACAUCCCUUAUCGAGAAAACAAAAACCUAACUGGGACUGCUAGAUAUGCAUCUAUCAACACCCAUCUUGGUAUAGAGCAAAGCCGUCGUGAUGACUUGGAGAGUUUGGGGUAUGUGCUCAUGUAUUUUAACCUCGGAUCACUUCCAUGGCAAGGAUUAAAAGCUGCAACCAAACGGCAGAAGUAUGAACGGAUUAGUGAGAAGAAAAUGUCUACACCUAUCGAGGUUCUGUGCAAAGGCUACCCAACGGAAUUCUCAACGUAUCUACAUUUUUGCCGUUCCUUGCGAUUCGACGACAAACCUGAUUAUUCAUACUUGAGACAGUUAUUCCGGAAUCUCUUUCAUCGGCAAGGCUUUUCCUAUGAUUAUGUCUUCGACUGGAAUAUGCUUAAAUUUGGGGCAGCUCGAAACCCAGAGGAUCUUGACAGGGAGAGAAGAGAGCAUGACAGGGAGGAGCGAAUGGGGCAGCUAAGAGGCUCUGCCACCCGAGCAUUGCCACCUGGCCCACCGGCAGGUACAGCCCCCAACCGUUUGAGGAAUGGUGCAGAACCAGUAGCAUCCACGCCAGCCUCCAGAAUCCAGCAGAGUGGUAACACCUCUCCACGGGCUAUCUCACGGGUGGACAGAGAAAGGAAAGUUAGCAUGAGAUUACAUCGGGGGGCCCCAGCAAAUGUUUCUUCUUCUGAUCUGACAGGAAGACAAGAAGUGUCACGAAUUUCAGCGUCACAGGCCAGUGUACCGUUUGACCACCUUGGGAAAUGAGAGCUGCCACUGGACCAAUGUCUGCUUAGUGUCUUCACUGUAUUUUUAUUUUAUUUUUGUUUUUUUAAGACAUUUUUAUUUUAAAUAUUUUUUUUCUGCCAAUGAAGAGAGCCAAGCUCUAGGUGCUGGCUCUGGCGCAGAGAUAAGGAACGGAAUGCGUCCGAGAAGAGGGUAUAGGAAUACCAACUCGCCUCCCAAAACCAUACUGGCAGUCCAGGACAGCGGAUGUUCUUCCUGCUUUCUCUUAACCGAACACUACAUAUAGAGAUAAACUGUAUAUAUUUUCCUUUUUAUUUUUUAGCUUACCUCCCCACUUCCCCCCCACCCCCAAAACAUUAAAUAUCCUGGAGCAUAGAUUCCUCUAAUGUAAGCUUCUAGCUGUAUUUUCUACUCCUGACAUAAACGAUGGAAAAGAUUUAUCUGUUAAAGGAGUAUGGUCUGACCUUCCAGUACUUUGUGAUCAUCUAUAGCUUCUUUACGGCAAUCAAGCCAGAUUGGAUCUGUCACUCCAUCAUCCAUUCUCCUCAUUACUCUAUUUUGAAAAUGAAAAGAUGCAUGCAGUUUUUUCGUGGCUUGGCUCUCUUUGGAUAUGCAGGUCUGAAGAGCAGGAGAAAAGAUCUCAUUUAAUUUUCUAUUUUUUUUUCUCCCCCAUACUAAUCCACAGUGGAAGCCAAGCCUGUUUUUAUCAUCCACUAACUUUUUGAUACCCUGAAGAAGUUGGGGUUUCUGCAAAAGUGACGUGGGUUGCCUAAACAGCUGGUGACUCUAGCUGUUUGGCGGUUUUAGUUAUAGGUCAUACUGUAUUUUAGUAGUAGGAUUAUUGUUGGGUAUCUCCCACUGUGGCUGCUAGUGGUUUGUGGUUUAAUGCUUUUGAAACCUUUAAAAAAAGAAAAAAUAUAUAUAAAAAUCCACAGUUUGCUUUCCCCUUCAGUAAACAAAGACUUUAGGUUUCGAUGGCUGCUUUCUGACUUUCCUAAUGAAGACUGUGAAGGUGCACAAAAAAAGUUUUAUUAAGGAUUGUAUAAUAUAACAAAGGGUCAGGAGGGUCCUAGCUGGUGGGAUACUGAAUGUGGAAGCUUCCUUUUUGAUUCCAUGUCCUGGACAAUGCCCAUCCUGUACCACUAGAUGGCGACAUGUAAUUAGUUCUCUUAGAUACCCUCCAAACUGUUUCAAUAUUUAACACUUUAUUUUUGUUUUGUUUUUUCCUAAUUUAUUUACAAUAUAUCUUCUUUUUUUAUUUGUGGUAACUUUUAUUACUUUAUAAUUUUACAAAAACUGCAAAAAAAAUCCAUUGGGGGGGAUACGCAACUUUUUGGGGGGGUUUUUGUACUUGUGUAAAUAUAGACUUUUUUCAGCUUUAAUGUGUUUGUUAAUUUGAGGUAAUAAAGUAGAAAAUGAUAAAGUGAAAAAACUAGUGUCUGUUCAUUAUUCCUUUGUUAAUGUGGGGAUUAAUACUGACUUGUUAUG